UUAACAGAAUACCUAAUGCGGACGCAAUUGAUGGCAGACUGCCGUCAUUUUCUGCUCGAAUCUGCUGAGAGUCUGCUAGAAGACUGCAGACAUUUUGUUAUCUGGAGCGCGCAGAACAGAUUGUUAAUUAAAAAUGGCAAGGUUGUGAACGACGAUGGGAUAAUCGACAGCGAUGUCUACAUCGAGGAUGGUAUCAUCAGACAAAUGGGACGUAAUCUCAUUAUUCCGGGUGGCACGAGAACCAUCGAUGCUCGUGGAAAAUAUGUAAUGCCCGGUGGCAUAGAUCCACAUACACAUUUCGAGUUCGAGUUUAUGGGUACCAAGUCGGUAGAUGACUUUUAUCAAGGCACAAAAGCCGCAGUCGCUGGCGGUACCACGAUGAUCAUUGAUUUUGUGGUGCCGCGAAAAGACGAAAGCCUCGUGGAGGCUUACGAGAGAUACAGGCAAUCGGCGGAUCAAAAAGUAUGCUGCGAUUAUGCGUUGCACGUCGCCGUUACAUCUUGGAGUCCGAAGGUCAAAGAAGAUAUGGCGACUCUGGUGAAAGAGCACGGCGUCGGUAGCUUCAAAAUGUUUAUGGCGUACCACGAUAUGUUUAUGCUCAGAGAUCCGGAGCUGAUCGAGACUUUCAAGGCGUGCAAGGAGAUUGGUGCCAUUGCUAUGGUACAUGCGGAGAACGGUGAUCUUAUCGCGGAGAAUGCGAAGAAGUUAUUAGCCGCAGGAGUAACUGGCCCAGAAGGCCACGAAAUGUCACGCCCCGAAGAAGUCGAAGCGGAGGCUGUGAAUAGAGCAUGCGUUAUCGCGAAUCAGGUCAAUUGUCCGCUGUACAUAGUGCAUGUGAUGAGCCGUAGUGCCGCCGAACAAGUGGAGGCCGCGCGUAAGCGUGAUGUUUGUGUCUUUGGUGAAACCUUGGCAGCUGCAAUUGGCACGGAUGGUACCAACUACUUACACAAGUGCUGGAGACAUGCCGCCGGCCACGUUAUAAGUCCACCACUCAGACCUGAUACGGAUACGCCACGAGUACUUGUGAACAUGUUAGCUAAAGAUAAUCUUCAAGUUACCGGCAGCGACAAUUGCACGUUCAAUGCCGAACAAAAGGCUCUGGGCAAAGAUGAUUUUACGAAGAUUCCCAAUGGCGUGAAUGGUGUAGAGGACAGGAUGGCAGUGCUCUGGGAGAAAGGUGUGCAUGCUGGUAUAAUGGACCCUAUGCGGUUCGUUGCAGUUACCAGCACAAAUGCUGCCAAAAUUUUCAAUUUAUAUCCUCGAAAGGGUGUUAUAGCCGUCGGCUCAGACGCCGACAUUGUCGUCUGGGAUCCCAACAGGAAACGUACCAUUUCCGCCCAGACUCACGUCCAGGCUGUUGACUUCAACAUCUUCGAAGGUAUGGAAGUAACUGGAGUACCUGAAUACGUGAUUGUCAACGGACGCGUAUGCGUGGAUGAAUGUGAGCUCAAAGCUGUUCAUGGCUUCGGAAAGUACAUAAAUGCGGAUCCAUUCGGGACCUAUGUGUACGACAUGAUAAAUGACAAAGAAAAGAAACCACGUGGAAUUGCACGAACCGAAGCAGAGGCAAAGAGAUAUGCCGAAGAAGACGCCGCGAUUGCAAAGGCUAAAGAACAAGCGAAAGCGGCAGCUGCGGCAGCGGCACGAGUCAAUCAGAACGGUUCAAUUCAUGACAGUCCAAAGAUAAAAUUGCAAGCAGCCAUUUGUGUACCUACUUUACCGGAAUCCGCCGUGGUGACACCAUCCACGAAGGGUCCAAGACUUGAAGGGCAAAGAAACCUACAAGAUUCUACUUUCUCUAUCAGCGAGGAUGUCGAAGAAGCACGAAGGGCAUGCAUUCGCGUAAAUAAUCCACCGGGCGGGCGCAGUGCGGGAGGUUUUUGGAAACAAGAGGAAUGAUGGGGACAACGACGAUAAUCUCGCAUAAGUACAAUGUUUUAUUAAUAAUAAGUGAUGUGCACAUAAAAAAUUACAGUAUAUUGAAAUACUGACGGAUCGCAUUCCCGGCCCAUGGACACACACAUCAUAAAUGUUAAAAUAAUACAUGAAUCGAUCGCGGAAAAAAUAGGAGAGCAUGUAAUCGUUUAUGUUUUUAAUCUUUACACAUCGUAAAUUCUCACGAAAAAUAUGUCGCGUUUCUAGAUUACCAUAUUGUAAGAGCGUUUUAUCGAUGAUUACGAUAUAACAUCACAAUCUAACAAUAAAUAAAGGAAUAUAAAGAGAAUGCAUCUGUAACAGAGAAAGAAUAACAAGAGCUUGUACUGGUUGUCCACGUUUAUUAUAUUGCUUAUUUGACUUCUUUUGGUCGACUAGUUAUUAUCUCUGUUUAAGUCAACACAUUGAUGUGGUUUUAAAUAUAUGACAAUAAAUAAUGCAAGUUGCAAUAAAAAUAAUAAUAGCAUCAAUUCUGUAUUUUAUGCUUGUACCUUUUCUGUUUUUCUUCGAUAAUGAAGAUUUAAAGAAUUAGAAAUGUAUCGAGAGAAGCUAAGAUUCU